AUGGCGACUGGUCAGGGAGGUGUGGGAGCUGUCAGCGCUCUACAAAACCAUCACUAUCCCAGCGGACCUCACUGGAGCCCCGGCAUCAGCCAGUACCAGCACCAGCAGCAGCACCUUACGGCCCGCAGCCUGGACCGGGCUUUGGAGGAUGCCGUGUGCUCGGGGAUCCUGAACCUGAGCGGUAGGAAGCUGAGAGAGUAUCCAGGGAUGAGCUACGAUCUAACCGAUACGACACAAGCAGAUCUAUCCAAGAAUCGUCUCACAGAAAUCCCCCCAGAAGUGUGUCUGUUCGCCCCCCUCGAGUCACUCAACCUCUACCACAACUGCAUCAAAUGUAUCCCAGAGGCCAUUAUAAAUCUACAGAUGCUGACUUAUCUUGACAUCAGUCGAAAUCUCCUGUCAGUUUUGCCAAAAUACUUGUUCAACCUCCCCCUCAAAGUUCUGCUUGUGAGCAACAACAAACUCGUGUCCAUCCCUGAAGAGAUUGGCAAGGCCAAAGAGUUGAUGGAAUUGGAUGUGAGCUGCAAUGAGAUCCAGGUCUUGCCUUCCCAGGUAGGGAGGCUUCAGGCUUUACGAGAGCUUAACAUCAGGAAGAAUUGUCUUCACAUGCUGCCUGAGGAACUGGCUGACCUGCCCCUCAUCCGUCUUGACUUCUCUUGCAAUAAAAUCACAGAGAUUCCUCCAGCUUACAGGAAACUCCAACAGCUGCAAACCAUCAUCCUGGACAACAAUCCUAUGCAGUCUCCACCUGCUCAGAUAUGUUUGAAGGGAAAAGUGCAUAUAUUCAAGUACCUGAACAUCCAAGCUUGCCGAAUGGACAAAAAGCCAGACACCCUGGAUCUCCCCUCCCUCAGCAAACGUUGCCUUCCACAGCCGCUCACAGACAGCAUGGAAGAUUUUUAUCCCACUAAGAACCACGGGCCUGACUCUGGAAUUGGUAGUGACAAUGGCGACAAGAGGCUGUCUACAACAGAGCCUUCAGAUGAUGACACCAUCAGCCUCCACUCACAAGUUUCAGAGACAGCUCGUGCUGAUGCCCUAUCCCUUCUCUCCAAAAUGGACUCUUGCAAAGAUCAGGAUCUCUAUGACUUUAUAGAGCCCAACCCCAAUGAGGAUCCUGCUCUGUCAGAGUGUGAUGGACAGCAAAGCAGUCAUUUGUCCUGUAUAAAGGAACUGGAGAAAGUGCUUAGCAUGUCUCAACAAUGCAAAGAUAAAGACAGCUGGAAGGAGGAGUCAGGUUCUGAUAAGGAGCAGCUAGUGGAGGAAGAGGAUGAUGAGCUGAAAGAAGAGCUGGAUCUGAGGAAGAUUGCUGUUCAACUUUUGCAGCAGGAACAGCAGAGCAGACGACGGUCCUUAAUUUGCAGAGCAGAAAGUCUUAUUCACAGACGGAGGGUGACUGGCCGGGCACACAGAUUCCUCAGUCAUUCUGGAAGCUGCAGCAGCAAACCGAGGCUCCCACCUCAGGCUGCUCGUAGUGCUUCUCUGGAUGAAGGAAGUAGUGGUGCAUCAGUGCUGAGCGGGCAGCCUUCUUCCUCCUGCUCCUUUGAUGGCAACUUGAAGACAGACCAAUCAGAUUCAGAACCAAAGUGGCCUGAAGUCCCACCCAUACUCAAUCAGAAUGAAGACCGCAGGCGGAACAAGUACCUGAGAAAAGAUUACCUAAAGUACAAGUGUCAAAGUGCUCGUAAAAACUCAAUUGGGAAUGAUGACUGUGAGGAGGGUUUGCGCAACAGUGAUUUCAGCACCACGUUGACAGUGUUUGGUUUAAAGCCAAGAUCAGCAUUCACCAGAGCAAGCCGUCAGGAGUACAACUCGACAGACCCCAGUUUCACGAUGAGGAGGAAGAUGGAGCACUUGAGAGAAGAAAUGGAACAGAUCGGGCUGUUACGGCAGAACAUCGAAUCCAGACUGAAGGUGCUACUUCCAGAUGAUGUUGGAGCUGCUCUGAUGGACGGGGUUGUCCUUUGCCAUUUAGCCAAUCACAUUUGUCCACGGUCCGUUGCCAGCAUUCAUGUGCCAUCGCCUGCAGUGCCAAAGCUAAGUAUGGCAAAAUGCCGCAGGAAUGUUGAGAACUUCUUGGAUGCCUGUAAGAAGCUGGGCGUUCCACAGGACAAGCUGUGUUUGCCACAUCACAUCCUAGAGGAGCGUGGGCUGGUGAAGGUGGGUGUAACUGUCCAGGCUCUGCUGGACCUGCCUCCAUCUAAGUCCACACAUUUGUCAUCCAUUUGACACAAGUCUGAGUGUUACAUCCGACCUGCAAUUAUCCAACACGCGUCCCCCUUCCAGUCCAAACCUGUACCACAUUGCCAGGGACUAAAGACCCCCCCUUCCUGGGGCGAGGACCCAAUGGCUUGAGAGUUUACUACUGUCUGACUGAAACAGGAGACAAGAUACUGUGAUGAAGACAUGCCUCCUGUAAUGAUGUCAGUCAGCUACUAAUUUAAGUUCAUCAUGUUGUCACUUGUAUCCUGUCCAUUGUUACUGGGAUCACGUGUGUGGACUUGUAAUGUGGCUGCGUGUUUUCUGAGCUGCACUGUUAAAAUGAGCUGAAAAGACAAAUGAGUGAAAAAAACAAGUGACUUAUACUUUGUAAGAAGACAACUCAUCUGUAACUAAUGAAUUUGCAAGUGCUAAUAGCAUUUCCAUGCUGGCACUACACACUCUGACAGUGAGGAGGAAGCCAACACAUUACUCACUCUUUCACUGAGGAGGACUAUGCUGCCUUACGCCUCUUUUUUUUCUUAUCUUGUAAAUUAAGUUUUAAUUGUUUAUUUAUUUUGUUAGCCUUUAAUGAUUUUUAUGGACUUCUCACUUUUCCUCUGAGUUGCUAAACCUGAAUAAUAAGAAGUGCAAGGUAGCGUCUGAUUUGGUGCUAUCUGCUGGAAAUCCGACCCAUUCUGAUGACAUUCUGGUAACAUUUCAGCAGCUUUAAACUUUUGUACAAAUCAUGAGCAAAUCUGUAGAGAGGAUUUUGUUAAUUUGUUUUUGUCUCUCUCUCUCUCACAAACCUGCAUGCAGCAGGGGAGGUGAUACUUGACCACUGUGACUAGACGUGCUUGGCUGUGUCAAAAAGCACAACAUUCUGUUUUGUAGCAAAUGUACAUACAUUUAUUUUUUUUUUGUUUGAAAGUGUUAAUCUUUCUUCCUAGACAUUGCCGAUUAUCACAUACCAUUUCUGUGGAGAUCACAGUGACAGUUUCCUGUGUUAUAUGAAAAAUAUUGUAUGUGCUUCUGAGAGAAGGUGUCAGAGUUGGACUUUGGAUCAGAAAGGGGUUAAUCAUUACUUAAUCUCUCCUGGAAACGUUGCACCCUCAACACAGUCUUAUUUAACCAACCCUGCUGCACAUACUCUCUAAAACAUUGAAAUAUUUCAGUAAAAAUCUAUUAAUUUAUUUAUUACCUGAUUUACAACCCUAUUUCUAAUAAAAUUGGGAUACUGUGUAAAAUCUAAAUAAAAACAGGAUGCAAUUAUUUGCAAAUCUAAAAUAUUUAAUUAUUUUAUUCAAGUUCAUUCAAGUGAAGAUAUAUAACUCAAGUCUUUAACCACCGCUGCUGGCACUUUUGGAGAGGACUGCUGUCCCAUUCUUGACUGAUAAAAGAUUCUAGCUGCUUCCACUUCUAUAGUCACUAAUACAAAUCUGUAACAUCAGUAAUGAAGGUUCUUGAUGUGAGCAUUAUCAAAAAGCUCAAUGGUACCUCUCCUUUUUAGUCUGGAGGGCACACUGUACAUGAUUCCCCAAAAAUACUUUCAAAUUUACCCUCAGAUCAUUUUGAAUGAUCUUUGGUCCAGAAAAAAUAUCAGUAUUUCAACUUUUUGAGACUUGUGCUGCCAUAAAAUUCAAGAUGACUUAAUAUAUUUUAAUGAAAUGUACAUUUACAAAAUUGAAGCUCUUUGGUGCAGCCAGUCCAUUUCAGAUUGUGGCUUAUGAUCUGUUGCUGCAUGUCAUCUCCCCCUUUCUCUGACCCUUUUCUUGUCAAGCUACUUCCAAAUAAAUGUACUACUGCCCCCAAAAUAUUUAGAUAAAAUAGUUAAAUUUCCACCUUUCAAUAUUUGAUAUGUUUCCAAUGUUAUAUUGUGAAUACGAUGCAGAAUAUAAAGUUAGGAAAUCUUUACAUCCUGUUUUUCUUGACAUUUUGACAGCAUUCCAAGUUUUUUAGAAUUAGAGUUGCAUUUUUUUUUUUUUUUUUAGUUGUUGCUUUUAGUUGUGUCUUCACCUACCUGAUCAGGUGCAGCUAAACAUUUAGCACCCAUGUUUUCUGUUUGCUCCUGGCACUUUUGCUGCAUUACAGAUUGCUGGACAAUUCUAGUGGCUCAGAACUCGAUGUAUUGCAGCUUGAGAAAUCACAGGCAAAAUUAGAGAACGCUUGCCCCCAAUAUGACAAGACAGAUAAACCUGAUAAUAAAGAAACCAAAUCCAAAUAUGGUGAGCCACUGCAAAUAAUACAAUAGGAAUUUUCCCUGGGAGAACAAAGCCAUAAUGGAUACAGCUGGGAAAUGCUUGACCUAGUAGUUUCUUAGAAUAGAUAACCAAUCAAAAUACAUGGAUGUUUGGACUUCCCCAGCAUCUCUAUUGGAAAUCUGUCUCCAGUAUCUAAAGACAUUAAUCACUAUUGCAACAACAAAUAUGCCCCAGCCAUCUUUGAGAUGGCAGUAUUCCCUCAGGGAGGUGUGAUGCAACAUUAAUUAGGAAUUCAACCCUCCGCAAUGUGAAAAACAGAAAUCAGAGCUGAAAAUUAAGUUUGGGUGUUGUUAUUUUAUGUUCCUGUGAGCAGUGUGUGGGAAUAAAGCUGAUAUAUGUUCUGCUGCAUUUUUAACAUGGCUGUACACGCAUUUUGGACUAAAAGCAAACUCCCUCACGAUAUUUGCUCAUUUAAAAAAGUUCAGUCUCAGGCAGUUAGUUUUAGCAGCUGAAAACAUCCAAGGACUUUUAUUAUUUUUGCCCUCAAAAGUCAGCAAACAUAUAUUAUGCACCAUUAUAAAUCUAAAACAAAACAAGUGCCUUAAAGGAGGGGUAAAUUUUUUUUCUUCUUUUCUUUUAGUUUAUGAAAUUUCUAGUUCCAUUUUUACAGUGUUCAGCUAAAUGGUAAAGAUGUGAGUUAAAGUAAAGAGGGCUGUCAUUGUUUAAGGCUAUUGACAUUACACAGAAAGGGAACGCAAGGUGAUACUAUGUAAUUUGAUUUGAUGUGCUAUUUAUACACAUUUACAUGACUUCUGGCUCAUCAUCCUUUAAAAUAACUGAAAAAAACAAAAAAAAAAACAUGAUCUGUUGAGAGGCUUGGGGCACAUUAUGUAAAGUCAAGUCUUUUUUCUUUUUCUGUUUUGUUCUCAUGUGGUCAUAUUUCCCAGUUUGAGCUGAAACAGCUCCCACUUCUGUACGUAUUGACUUUGUACCAUUGUGUUCCAAAGAAGAGAUACCGUAGGGAUAAGACAAAAUGUAAAACUUCCACCCUGUCAGAUCUUGAAUUUAUGCACAGUGCACCAAAAAAUCUCUCAGGUCGGACCUUUCUUGUAUCCCAAAAAUCCCUAAAAAUGUCUAUGAAAUUGGUUCAUUAUCAGAUGCCAUCUCCUGAGCUAUGCUGCACACUUCUCUUUAUGUGAUUUCUUGUUAUAGCUGUUGUAUUCAAUGAAUAAGCAGCUCUUGAAGAUCAUGAUUACCAUAAAUGAUAUUAUGGUAGCACAUUGCUCUUUGUUGAGAUAAGAAAUUGACCUGAUAUCUAAACUUACUUCAGGUUUGCUGUGUUCAGCUGCUGUGAGGAGGUUUGAUUUUGGACAUUAUUUUAGAAAAGAAUUGGUGGAUGCUUGAAAAUCUUUGCCAACAAUAUCCGGCAACAAGCAUUUUUUGUUGGUGACAUGAAGGUAAUGACUCAUGGCUUAAUCCUCAUUAAAUGGUACUGCUGCAGUUUUCCUUGGAAUUAAAGAUAAGGUUUAAGACAGUCAAAUCACAUUACUGGAGAAGUAGAAUUAACUGGGUGAAAUUUACUCAUAU